GCUCCAUUUAGUAUUGUUGUCGAGACUGGAAAACAAAAACUUGUUUAGUUCAUAAUUCUAAAAAAUCAAUAACAUAAAAUCAUUUAGUUGCUUACUUUUCAUCAAUGUCUUUUUUACUCCUAAUUUUUUUUUAUGUCACUACAUGAUAUCGAGGUUGAGAAUAAGUAAAAAGUAGAAAAUAAUAAAAUGAAGUGUGGUUGAAUGAGGUAUGAGAAAAUGAUAUGCAAAUAAUAUUUGAAAAAAUGAUUUUCGGGGAUUGAGAGGGGACAACAUGUAUAAAGUAUGGUCUAGUAAAAGUUUGUCAGAUUCAUUUGAAUGAAAUUAUUCACGACAACUGUUAGGAUCUCAUAAGAUAUUAUUUUGGAAAUAGCAAGAAAACUACUUUAAGUGGUUUUAUUGAUUUCUACUCAUUUCUAUUUUUUUUUGAACUCAUAUUGUCACAACAACAUGUGAAAACAAUACUAAAUAUUUUAUGUCUCUGUUUUUACUUACGAAAAUAGAAUGCAUUAAUUAAAAUGAUACUAAAUAUAGGUUAAUUAAUACACAUAAUUUUAAUACACUAUCCACAGAUAAAUUAUUUCAUUAUUGUUUGGGCCCAGAGACUACUUUUUAUUGUUUAAUCCACUAACUGAUGAAAGAAUGGGCUCGUUUUCCCCCCAUGAAAGAAUGGGCUUGUUGGGCCACUCUUAAUUAAAUAGUACGAGUUGGAAAGUAGAUUCUGACAAAAAACAAAAGAAGAGGGGCCAAAACGAAAUAAUACAUGUGCCGUAAGCAAUCCUAUUCAUUACCCUAGCCAGCAAAUAGCUGCACUGCAAAAGCCAUCUUCCUAAAAUCGUUGCGCCGUGGAAGUGGAACAGAAGGAAAGGAAGCGAAUUCGCGCUAACAGUACCUCUGCAAUUUGCUGGGAACCUAGCGGCGGCGAGCUUUAAGCGGGAAGAAUAAUGGGAGAUCACUCGACGGCCGGUGACCGGAAGGCCCCCAAGCUUCCGGUGGCCGGCAAGCGAAACAUACUCAUCACCAGCGCCUUGCCAUAUGUCAACAACGUACCUCAUCUCGGCAAUAUUAUCGGAUGUGUGUUGAGUGCUGAUGUGUUUGCUCGCUACUGCCGGUUGCGAGGCUACAAUGCUAUAUACAUCUGCGGAACUGACGAGUAUGGAACUGCCACGGAAACCAAGGCCUUGGAGGAGAAAUGCUCUCCGAAGGAGAUCUGUGACAAGUACCAUGCCAUUCAUCGGGAGGUUUACAAGUGGUUCAAUAUAAGUUUCGAUGAAUUUGGGCGAACCUCGGCCCCACAGCAGACUGAAGUGUGCCAGUCCAUUUUCAAGAAACUGUUGGAGAACAACUGGCUUUCGGAGAACACGAUGCAACAGCUGUACUGUGAUACGUGUACGAAGUUCUUGGCCGAUCGCCUUGUUGAGGGUACGUGUCCAACCGCGGGUUGUAAUUAUGACUCUGCAAGAGGAGAUCAAUGUGAAAAGUGCGGUAAACUUCUGAAUCCGACUGAACUGAAGGAUCCUAAGUGCAAGGUCUGUCGUAACACUCCACGUAUUCGGGACACGGAUCACUUGUUUCUUGAGCUUCCCUUGCUGAAGGAUCAACUCGUGGAAUAUAUUGAGCACAUGUCUGUAGCUGGUUCUUGGAGCCAGAAUGCCAUCCAAGCUACAAAUGCGUGGCUUAGAGAAGGGCUGAAAUCACGUUGUAUUACCAGGGAUUUGAAGUGGGGGGUUCCUGUUCCCCAUGACAAGUAUAAGGACAAGGUUUUCUAUGUCUGGUUUGAUGCUCCUAUUGGAUAUGUUUCAAUCACAGCUAGCUACACUCCUGACUGGGACAAGUGGUGGAAGAAUCCUGAAAAUGUUGAGCUGUAUCAGUUCAUGGGAAAGGAUAAUGUCCCAUUCCACACGGUUAUGUUUCCUUCUUCACUUAUUGGAACUGGUGAAAGUUGGACCAUGAUGAAGACUAUAAGUGUAACAGAAUACUUAAACUAUGAAGCAGGGAAGUUCUCGAAAAGUAAAGGGAUAGGCGUUUUUGGUACUGAUGCAAAAGAUACUAACAUCCCUGUUGAAGUAUAUCGAUAUUAUCUACUGACUAACCGUCCAGAGGUAUCUGAUACACUAUUUACAUGGGCCGAUUUGCAAGCCAAACUUAACAGCGAGUUGCUCAACAAUUUGGGGAACUUCGUCAAUAGAGUUUUGAGUUUUAUUGCUAAGCCUGAAGGUGCUGGUUAUGGCUCCAUUAUCCCAGAUGCUCCAGGUGCAGAGUCUCAUUCAUUGACAAAGAAACUUGCUGAAGAAGUUGGCAGACAUGUGGACCAAUAUCUAGAAGCCAUGGAAAAGGUCAAACUGAAACAAGGACUUAAAAUUGCCAUGAGCAUUUCAAGUGAAGGGAACGCUUAUCUUCAAGAAAGUCAAUUCUGGAAGCUUUACAAGGAAGACCAACCUUCCUGUUCCAUAGUGAUCCGGACCUCUGUUGGACUGGUAUAUCUUCUUGCAUGUUUGUUAGAACCCUAUAUGCCAUCCUUCUCUGCUGAGGUUUUCAAGCAGCUGAAUUUGCCUUUCGAACAAGCUUCACUUUCUGAUGAAAAAGGAGAUAUUGAUAAGGCAAAAAGACCGUGGGAGAUAAUUCCUCCUGGUCAUAAAAUUGGGACUCCAGCGCCUUUGUUUAAGGAACUGAAAGAUGAAGAUGUGGAGUUCUACAGUGCCAAAUUUGCUGGCAGUCAGGCUGACAGGUUAGAGAGGGCAGAGGCUGAAGCUGUAAAAGUUGCUGCACAACUUAAGAAGUCAAACAUUUCAGAUGGUGGGAAAAAGCAACAAAGUAAAAAGCCUGCUGGAGAUGGCAAGUCAAAGGGAACAGUUGAGCCAGAAAUCACCGUCACAAGGCUGGAUAUUCGUGUCGGCUUGAUAAAGAAAGCGCAGAAGCAUCCUGAUGCCGACUCCCUCUAUGUGGAAGAAAUUGACGUGGGUGAAGCAGAACCUAGAAUAGUUGUCAGUGGACUUGUAAAGUACAUACCUCUGGAAGAUAUGCAGAAUCGUAAGGUGUGCGUCCUCUGCAACCUAAAGCCAGCCACCAUGAGGGGAAUCAGGUCACACGCAAUGGUUCUCGCUGCUUCCAACAGCGACCACACCAAGGUUGAAUUGGUUGAACCACCCGAAUCUGCUACCGUGGGCGAGCGAGUUACGUUUGCAGGUUUCGAGGGGGAGCCCGACGUCUCACUGAACCCAAAGAAGAAGAUAUGGGAGACCCUUAAAGUGGACUUUCAAACCAACUCUGAAUUGGUAGCUUGCUUCAAAGGCAUCCCGUUCUCGACAUCCGCUGGGGUGUGCAAGGUUGCAUCCAUUAGUAAUGGAACCAUAGAGUAGAAAGUGCAGAGUUGACAUAACUCGGCACUGAUUGCGAUAUUGUAAUGAAGGAAUUGGUAGUCUCCCCAGUUUUGCCCUCUAUUGCGCCCUUUCCUUGAUAGAGAAUAGCAGUUGGAAAGGGAAGUUUUUGUGUUCUUGUAGUUUGCAUUUUGCAAUGAUUGCCUCCUGAGAAAUUGGAAUUGUAUGAGAAUGCACCUUUCUUUCUUUCCAUUUGGGUACGGGUAGAUUGAGUUGCACACUUGCAAUGAGGGAGAGACCCUAGAGAGAGCUUGAGAGUGAUUUUUCCUCGUUUUCUAACUCAAGAUUAGAAGUUGCGGUUCUGUUAAGCGAACCGAAAAAAACAUUUUGAAAUUGAACACAUAAUUAAAUAAUUGACAAAAAUUGAAACCAAAACCAUUAAGGCUUACCGAUUUUUGGUUGAUAGAAAAUUGAUAGUCCUUUAGUUUUGGUUUCGUUUAGAAUAAACUGAAAAAUCGAAGAUAUAUCGUUGAAGGAAGUAAUCAUUCGUUUGUUUUGUUUUGUUUGUAUAAUAAGAUAAAUGAAAGAAAAAUAUAUUUUUAGUAAAAGAAAUUUAACAGGGUAACGGUAGUCAUGUAUUUUCAAAACAGGUUUUCGAAGAAACUUUAAAUCAGAUCUUCUACUUUAACGUUGUAGAAAGCACUUUACAAGUUUUUCAAAAACCGAACUUGCAUAUGUAUUUGGCUUAGCUUAAAUUGCUUAACCUUUUGUAAUAGAAAAAACACUUCUAUCCAAAUCGCGCAAUCAAUUUCAUAAAGAAAUUCACCUUCAUCUCAUGAUAAUUAUUACUUCAUUUCAUCCAGUGAUUUAUUUUCUUCAAAUUCCAAAAUUGUUCACCCAACAAUCCUCUUUAUUGUGCAUAAGAAUCUUCAAAAUAUGAUUUCUAUCUAGUUUGAUAAUAAUUUUGAUAAUCUUGUUUCCCUUUCCAACGACUCCCUCCAGUAAAGCAUAUAUGAUAACCGUGUUAGCUGGAGCCAAUCUCGAAUUUAUCGGAUCGUCAACAUCUCACAGAAUUCAUACAAUUAGAGUCCCCAAUUUGAAGCUAACAAUUUCAUUUCAUUAUGAUAAUGGAGACAAAUUUAUUGACAAAAAAAUAUUUGGUGAAUUUCAUUGUUUGUAAUUUAUGCGUUAACUCGAUGCUCCAAUCGGCAAUUCCACAAUCCACCAGCCCAAUUCGAGACCUAAUGUUGAUGGUUGGCUCUAUGUCCACUCCUGAAUCCUAAUUCAAUCUAUCCAUAAAAAUUCUAAUAAUUAAUUCAGUUUAUUUUAAUCAAAACCUAAUAAUUGGCUGAUUAAUGGUGAAAAAUAAUUUAGUACGUACGACAAUAUUGGUGGGGCAUUAAAUCCUCAGAUUUGAUUCGUAUUACUGUAUACUCUCAGUGGACCCAUUUUAAUUGGGCCGUGUAUUGCAGAGGGAACAUUGGGCUUUUCCCCAAAAUGUUGACUCGUUCUUCUCUUGUUGAUUGGUAAUCCAGCUGGCAGGACAGGUAAGCAAAAAGUAUUACCUGUCCAUCACGUGGCAAAUAAACGUGUACACCAAGG